AUGCUUCCCCUCGCCCUUCUUGCGCUUCUCUCCCCAGCUUCAGCGGGAGAGGUGAUUUUCACCCCAGAUGCGCCGACGCCCUCGCUUCCCUCUUGCCUGCGUUCGGCGUACCACGGCGAGUUUGGCGGAAAGCACGUCUACCUCCCCACCUCGGAAUGUCAGCAGGAGUUCUCCUCUGGCUCGAUCGUCGAGGUCGGUUCUGACGACGCCAUUGUCUGGGUUACCCGUGCUGGACUCGAGGGUGAUGACAACUCGCUCAUCGGGGACCUCUUCGCCCCAUCUGCCCGCGCGGAGGACGGCGCUCAGGCGGUGAUGCAGGCGCCCUCGCCGCUGAGCUUCCUGCACGCCGAUGACGAGUCGUUCUUCCUCUCAAUUCCGCGAUCUGACCUGCAGCGACUCGACAGCCUGCUCCCGCGCCAUCUGUCGAGCGUCGUGCUUGGCGGCCCCGUCCCGCUGGAUGGACGCUGGGAGGUCCCGAAGAGUGCGCGCAAGCACCUCACCAAGCUGAUUGACAACCUGACCUUCCGGCCCGAGGUCGACGACCUGCUCGACGAGCUCAACGUCGACGUCGUGGCGAGGCACGUCCGCUACCUGACCGGCGAGGCAGAGGACUCGCCCAUCCGCUCCCGGCACGCGAUGCACCCCGAUGCGCGCCUCGCGGGUCUCUACAUCCGUGACAAGAUGACCGAGGCUGGAUUCGAGUGCAGCGGCUUCCCCGUCCUGCCCGAAGCUGGGUGGAGCCCGUCGGUAGUCUGCGCUCUCGCGGGCCAGGACUCGACCGACCAAGUCGUGAUCAGCGCGCACUACGACUCGCGCGGCAGCUUUGGAUCCGUCUACGCGCCCGGCGCCAACGACGACGCGAGCGGCACGGCGCACCUCCUGACGCUCGGCGAGGUGAUCGGGUUCAACAAGCUCAAGUUUGAGAAGACGCUCGUCCUCGCCUUCUGGAGCGGGGAGGAGCAGGGGCUCCUCGGCUCGCACGCCGCCGCCGAGUAUCUCGCCAAGCAGAACGCGACCGUCACCAUCAACGUCCAGGCCGACAUGCUCGGCUACCAUGUGCCAGGCGAGCCGCCGCAGCUCGCGCUCCCCGAGAAGAUUGCGACGCCUGAGGCGUCAUACCUCGUCUCAAACGUCAGCGCACUGUACGCGCCCACCCUCGUUGUGGGCCGUACGGGAGCGUGCUGCACCGACCACCAGAGCUUCCUCACGUUUGGCUUCCCCGCCACGGCGCUCUUUGAGCGCAACGGGCCCAUCGCGGACCCCAUGUACCACAACUCGGGCGACCUGUCGGACCGCGUCGGGUAUGACUUUGAGCAGAUCAAGACAAUUGCGCGCGUCACGCUCGCGACGGCGAUUGAGGCGGCGGGCGCCAAGCUGGGCAAGAAGUAG